AAAAUCAAGAAUUGCAGAGGGAAAUCGAAGACCUGAAAAACAGUUGAAAAUGGAUGUGUUAAAAACUCAGCAAAUAUCGGCUCGAUCCAUAGAGAAGGUAAUCGUUCACCCUUUGGUUCUUCUAAGCAUCGUUGAUAACUACAAUCGUGUCGCUAAAGACACGCACAAGCGCGUCGUCGGAGUCCUCCUUGGUUCUUCCUUCAAAGGCACCGUCGACGUCACCAACAGCUACGCAGUUCCUUUUGAGGAAGACGAGAAGGACCCUGGUAUAUGGUUCCUUGACCACAACUACCAUGAAUCAAUGUUUUCAAUGUUCAAGAGGAUUAAUGCAAAGGAGCAUGUUGUUGGUUGGUAUAGUACGGGCCCAAAAUUACGGGAAAAUGAUCUGGAUAUUCACAGAUUAUUCCACAACUAUGUCCCAAAUCCUGUUUUGGUCAUCAUUGAUGUUCAACCGAAGGAGUUGGGGAUCCCCACCAAGGCCUACUAUGAUGUUGAAGAGGUUAAGGAGAAUGCCACUCAAAAGAGCCAAAAGAUUUUCGUUCAUGUUCCUUCUGAAAUUGCUGCUCACGAAGUUGAGGAGAUUGGAGUGGAACACUUGCUAAGGGAUGUUAAAGAUACAACCAUUAGUACACUUGCAACUGAGGUAACUGGAAAGCUCACAGCUUUGAAGGGUUUGGAUGCAAGGUUAAGAGAGAUACGGUCAUACCUUGAUCUUGUUAUUGAUGAGAAGCUUCCACUUAAUCAUGAAAUACUGUACCACUUACAGGAUGUGUUCAACUUGCUGCCAAAUCUAAACGUAAAUGAACUAAUCAAGGCUUUUGCAGUAAAAACAAAUGAUAUGAUGUUGGUGAUAUAUCUAUCGUCUCUCAUCCGAAGUGUCAUUGCACUCCAUAACUUGAUCAAUAACAAGAUGCUAAACAAAGAACAUGAGAAAGCCAUGGAUGCUAAGCCAGCAAUCGUACCGGCUUCCAGUUGAAGCUGAAUAUCAUCUGAUAUUACUCAGGAGUUCUAAUCAUGACACGGAGUGGCUAUUAACUGUCAUAGGAUCUUCAUUCCUCAGAUUUUGUAUUCUUCAUAGCUCGAUCAGGGAUAUCACUAGGCUCCAGAAUUGAGAGU